AUGGAAUCACAGACAAUUUUCCAAGGUAUCCUCCAUAUUUUCCAAUUUCUAGGAUUGUGCCCAGUAUCUCUGGAGACAUCAAAAGACAACCCGAAGAAAAUAGCAAAUACCCUCCUUGGCGUUUGGUCCAUUGUGAAUUUUGCACUUGUCCUCGCACUCACAACAGUGGUCUUCAUCAACUAUGACAGUGUUUUUUCACCCGACAGUGAUGUGGGUCAAUUUAAUGAUCUUGUAAAAUUCGUCACUGUGAUUCUCACCCAUGGCACCGCUCUUGGCGAAGCAAUUCUAACACGAGCCACCCUCCUAUCGGCUUGGACACGUCUCACCACCGUGGAUAAUCUCUUCCAUCAAAUUGGCAUACCUGUUACGCAGCAUCGAAUGAAAUUCUUCCGGGAUUUCUCAGCAAAAUUCCUCAUCUACACCACCCUCACGCUAACAAUUGAACUCACGAUACUUGCAACAAUUCACUUUGAUGCAAAUUGGACACGUAAUGUUGCAAUAACCUUCAUAUCACUCCUCGUGAGUCGUAUGAGGCAUCUUCAUUUGACAAUGUUUGUCGACUUGAUACGCUCACGCCUCCACAUUGUGCGAAAGGAGCUGAAGCAAAUGGUUGUAAUUACAAAGAAUAAUCACUUUGUACUCAAAGAUGAACUCGCAACAAAGCGCAUUGAGACGCGUCUGGUGCAGAUGAAAAAGAUCUACAGUGUUCUAUGGGAAUGUCAUGGGGAUGUUAACUCGAGCUUUGGGUGGAGUGAAUUGGCAGCUCUCAUGCAAAACUUCAUCCAAUUAACAUGUGACCUGUACUGGAUAUAUUCCGUUCUCAAUCGCAAUGAACUUCGUUCAAUCCCACAAUUGGUUGCAAGUCUCAUACCAACCUUUACGGCUAUCAUCAUAAUGCUCCACUCUUGCGAGAAAUGUCUCAAUGAUGUACGACACAUUGGCUUCUGGCUACAUAACAUUGAGAAGGACAUUCACAACAUAUCAAUGGAUACAUUGAUUGAGAAUUUUUCACUGCAAAUCCUCCAUGAACCAUUUUUAUUCACCGUAAGUGGAUUCUUCAAUAUGGAUUUUCGUCUCCUUAAAUCGAUGGUUGCCGCUAUUACAACGUACAUGGUUAUUUUCAUUCAAUUCAUGCCAAAAGUCGAUGAAUCUAAUUCAGCUAAUGAAACAAUAACGACAACUACUCAAUAUCCUUUCACCCUGGCGAUUCCAACACGACCAAGCUCAUCCUAA